AUGGAACUUGCGACGGCGGCCAUGCACUCUCUCCUCCCUAAGCUGGUCGAGCUCCUCCAAGGAGAAUACAAGCUGCAAAAGGAUUUGAGGAAAGAUGUAGAAUUUCUCGAGAGGGAGAUGAGGAGCAUAGACGUUGCCCUCCGCAAAGUGGCCAUGGUGCCGCCUGACAAGCUCGAUGAGAACUCCAAGAUCUGGGCCAAUGAUGUCAAGAAGCUAUCAUACGAGAUGGAGGAUGCCAUUGAACGCUUCCUCGUGGUUGGCUUUGUGCCUGCCACUAACCCAGGCAGCUUCAAAGGGUUCGUGAAGAAGGUAUCCAACGUGUUCACAGAAGUCAAGACCCGCCACCAGAUCGCCUAUGCAAUCAAAGGCAUCAAGGAUCAGGUCCAGCAGGUGGCAGAUCGACGUGACAGGUACAAGAUUGAUGAUGUUGAGGCAAGUCAGGCUACUACAACCAUCAUUGACCCUGUUGACCCUCGCAUGAUGGUUCAAUUCAAAGAUCAGAGAGAACUUGUUGGUAUCAAGAAGCCAAGGGACGAGCUAAUCAAGAGGCUGGUAGAUGAUGAUUGUGUGUCCAAGCAGAAGCUCAAGGUACUCUCGAUCUUCGGAUUUGGAGGACUUGGCAAGACAACUCUUGCCAGAGCAGUUUAUGAUAAGUUGCAAACGAAAUUUGAAUGCAAGGCUUUUUAUUCGGUGGGUCAGAAUCCUAACCUGAAGAAUGUUCUCAUAGGAAUUCUCCUCCGACUUGAGAAAGACUCUUGUUCCAAUGAAACGAUGUUAGAUGAGGGGCUGCUCAUUGAGAAACUCCGAGAGCUUCUUGCAAAUAAGAGGUACCUCAUCAUUGUUGAUGAUAUAUGGGAUAUGAGUUCAUGGGACAUACUCAAAUGUGCUUUUAUUGAUAGUGAAUGUGGAAGCAGAGUCAUCACAACUACUCGUAUUUUUGAAGUGGCGAAAGUGGCAAGUGAUAUUUACAGGCAAGAACCCCUUUCUCCUGGUAGAUCUAAGGAAUUCGUAUACCCUGAAGAUUAUGAGAUCAAAAAGCAAACUUUAAUAUGGAAGUGGCUAGCUGAAGGAUAUGUCCAUGAGGAGCCAGGAAAAGAUCUAUUUGAGAUCGGAGAGAAAUACUUCAACGUGCUGAUAGAUAGAAGCAUGAUUCAGGCAGUGGAGAAGCCAUAUCACAGUGUCAUAUAUGCUUGUCGUGUGCAUGAUUUGGUGCUCGAUAUGAUUCAUUUCCUAUUAAAGGAAGAAACUCUUGGUGUUGUAUUGAACAGUAACAGGACACUCACGUCUCCACAUAGCCUUGCUUGUAGGUCAGCCAUGAAAAAUGAAGUCAUAGAGCAGGAUGGUUGUAUGGCUAACAAAAGCAUGCAGCAAGUGAGGUCAUAUAAUGCCACCAUGUGUCAUUUUAGUAUGCUGCCAUUACUUACAAACUUUAAAGCUCUGCGUGUAUUGGCUUUAGAAGAAUGCACUUUUUUGACAAGAGGCAUGUUUUCAAUGAAGCCGGAAGUUUCUUAUCCUUAUCAUCUUAAGCAUCUUGGGAAGCUGAUUCACUUGAGGUACCUUGGAAUCUCAUGCAAGUUUGGGUUGCGUGGCAGGCCUAUCGUUGUGAUGCCUGAAGAAAUAGGCGAUCUAAGGUUUUUACAGGUACUGGACUUGAGCGGAGCUGACAUAAUAAAAUUACCUCGAAGUGUUGGUCAGCUAACACAAUUAAAGUGCAUGCGCUUUGGCAGUUUAAGCGUGGGGUUGUCGAACUGGACGAACAUAACAUCCCGUGAAGAGAUGCUGUCGAGUGGUAUCUCUUUUGACUUUCUGAAAGAUCUGGGCAAGCUGAUGGAGCUGAGAGAGUUCAAGAUAGGUUAUCAAGAGCUUGGUAUUGGUAAUGUGCGGCUCGAAGAUUUGAUGGAAACCAUUGGCAAUCUGCACAAACUUCAAGUCAUAGAAAUUGAUCUUAUUAGUUAUGGGCCAUGGUCUGGUUACAAUGGCUCUGUGGUUCUUGGGCAUCUCCGUCAUCUGAGACUGAAUGGUCAGCUUCCUGGUCUGCCCAUGUGGAUCAACUCCUCGUGCCUCCCGAACUUAUGUCACUUGUAUAUGCGUCUUAAAGCUACGAAAGCGUGGGAUAUGGAGAUCCUUGGGAGGUUCUCAGAGCUCAUUACUCUGCAAAUUCGUUCCAGAGAUUACAUUGUUUUUCCUGAUGCCAUGGAAGAGGGUGCAUUCCCCAAGUUGAGAUACUUGGAGCUGUCAAAUGUUGUACGGCCGGAAUUUGUAUGGGGAGCAAUGCCCAGCCUAGAGUCUCUUAUGUUAUACGCCCUGGUACUGUCCAGUGGCGUGGACUUCAACAGCUUGGAGAACCUCCCUCGUCUUGAGAAAGUUGACGUUCACAUACAUGGUACCGCUGCCAUGCGAAUUGACAUGUUGCAGGCAAUUGCGUCAUUGAAGCACACAAUUGAGAUCCAUCCCAACCGUCCUACACUCAAGUCUUCCCCCUCCCUCGCCACGGGCCACAUCUCCCGAUCUGGGUCAUCCCCAGCCUGCCUGCAGCUCGGAGGCGCGCCGCCCCCCAUCCAGGCUGCUGCCGGUGGGGGACUCUCGGACGGUUCCGCAUCGCCUCUGAUGGGCUCAUCUCACUCCUCCCCCUCGUCUGGGCGCUCCAUUGCGGCGGAAUCCCGGCACCCUGACUCCGUCAAGGUCUUCAUGCCGGAGGGAGACUAUGAGGCGGCCCGGUGCCUUGCCAUGGUCACCAUCGAGCCCUCCAACGCCUUCCACAACGACACCACUGCCGUCCAGGCAGCCGUCAUCAACUCCAUCGGGCACCUGCAGCCCAAAAACCGUCCCUUCUUUCAUCGGGGCCAUGUACCUUCGCUUCGCGUCUGCGGCUGA